AUGGAAGUGCUUUCUAACCUAUUAUAAUAUACGUAGUACUACAUAUGUUCUAUGUUAAGGCCAACACAUUUGAACAUGAAUGAAAUUCAAACAAGUGGCCUCUUUCUUGAUAAUGUCAUAAUGAUGUCUUCAGACUACAAGAUACUUGACAAAGCGAGUAGACUACUAAAAUAUAGUUAUAAUUGAUGAUUUAAUAAGUAGGUUAUUAGGUGAUAAUGUAAAACACCUAGGUUAACAACACGAAAGAUAUCAGAGUCUAUUCAAAUCUAAAAAGUUCAUUCAUUUUUCUUGAGAAUCUUGAAGAAUAUAAAAAUAAAAUAAUAUGGUCAAUCAUCACAUUGAGUAUAUAAUUUUUGUUUAAAAUUAUAUCUCUAAUUUAAAUCCGUUUAUGCCCCCAAUAACAAAAUUUUCUGGAUCCGCCACUGACCAACAAUCAACUCCACAAAAUUCACGGCUUGGAUGAAAGAAAAUCAAGUGUAUCCUACUGCCAAAGAGCUGACGUAUGUUGAGUUUCCAAGCAAAUUCAGGUGGAAGAAAAAUACCAUGGAAUGGGUAGAAAGGAAGAGAGGAUUUGCUAUUGGACACAUUUAUUAUGGAGCAGGAGAGAAGUACUACCUACGAAUAUUGUUGAAUAUUGUGAAGGGAGCAAUCAGCUUUGAGGAGUUGAGGACUUAUGAAGGGACCGUAUAUCCUACAUUUAGAGACGUGUGCCACGCACGUGGUUUACUUAAAGAUGACAAGGAGUUUAUUGAUGGCAUUACAGAUGCGAGCUUCUGGUCUUCUUCACGGUCACUUCGCAUUGUAUUUGCUACUCUACUGGUUUCAAAUGAGUUUUCGAAGCCAGGCUUAGUGUGACAAAAGUGUUGGGAGUUUUUCUCUGAUGACAUACUAUACAAUAUUCGCAAGAUUACGGGUAAUCCAGAUUUUGAACUGGAUAAAGAGAAAAUUGAAAAGUACUGUUUGUUGGAGAUUCAGAAGCUCUUGCAGUCGAGAGGUAGAUCACUACAUGAUUUUGCCGGCAUACCCUUGCUACCUGAUGAUGAAAUGCCCUCGCUUGAAGAAGUUCUCAUUCAUGAAGAGCUGCGGUAUAAUAAAUCGUAUCUGAUUGAGGAGCAUGCAAAGUUGUUGACCGAGAUGACAGAUGAACAACAUGUUGUGUAUGAUAGGAUAAUGGAAUCUGUAGAUAGUAGAAACGGGAAAUUCUACUUUUUAUAUGGCCACAGAGGAACUGGGAAAACAUAUCUAUGGAGGACUUUGUCUGCGGUUGUGAGAUCUCGUGGUGAUAUAGUUCUUAACGUGGCUUCAAGUGGUAUAGCAUCGCUUCUCUUGCCUGGAGGAAGAACCGCACAUUCGAGGUUUGCGAUUCCACUUAGUGUUGUAGAAGACUCCACGUGCAACAUAAAACAUGGUAGUCCGUUGGCCAAGCUGAUAGAGUUAUCUAAGUUAAUUAUAUGGGAUGAAGCACCUAUGACGCACCGACACUGUUUUGAAGCUCUUGAUCGGAGUAUGAGAGACGUGCUUCGUUACUCUAGCCACUGUGACACUACCUUGCCUUUUGGUGGGAAGACGAUUGUAUUUGGUGGAGAUUUUAGGCAAAUUCUUCCUGUGAUACCAAAAGGCACGAGACAAGAUAUUGUGCACGCCGCACUGAACAGUUCAUUCUUGUGGUCACAUUGUACUAUAGUGAGGCUUACUAAAAACAUGAGGCUAGCAAGGAUGCUCGGCCAGCCAGAUGGACAAACUAUCCAAUCUUUUGCAGAGUGGAUUUUGAAGAUUGGUGACGGAGCUUUUGCUGAAAAUCAAGACGGAGAAUCACUAAUUGAAAUACCAGACGAUAUGAUUGCUCCAAUGACGUCUGAUCCUGUUGAAUCUAUAGUUCAAACUAUUUAUCCAGAUUUCUUAACCCAGGGUGAUCCGAUUAAUUAUCUUUAUUCCAG